CGAACCGCCGCCACCAGGCGGAAAAAAAAAAAAAGAGAGAGAGAGAGACGAGCCCGGAGGGCCGAAGCUGCGGCAGGCGAGUCCGCACCUCCGGAACAGGAAGCCAGGGCGUAAAGGGCAGGACUGCGGCGCGCGAGGCAGCCCUGCGGCAGGCGCAGGCGCCCCAGGUUGCCUCCGAAAUUGGGACAGGAGCGUGUGCGUCAGGAAGAGCGAAGUCUAGAAGAUCCAAUCAGCACUGUGCAUCCCUCACGGGGCGUAGCGACCCAAGCUGGAUUGGCCCUACACCUUUCUCUUUUUACAUCCGGGUGAAAGCUAGUAUUUCCGCUGACUUUUUCUUUGCUCCUUGUUGGUCUUGGGGGGGGGGCUUUGAUCCUCUAAAUUUCUCCCCUACGUUCUUCUUUCAGCUCUUCGCAUGGAACGUCCGCGAGCCUGAGGUUCCAUCUCGGAACUCUGGAAGCCUCGAAGUUCUGAGCGCGGAUAAAAAUGAAUCGCUCCCCAGGCGAGCGGCCGCCGCUCAGACUCUAUCCCAAGUUACCUGUGUGGGUAGUGGAGGAUCACCAGGAGGUCUUGCCUUUUAUAUACCGAGCUAUUGGCUCAAAACAUCUUCCUGCCAGUAACAUAACCUUUGUUCAUUUUGAUUCACAUCCUGACCUCCUUAUUCCUGUGAAUAUGCCAGCAGAUACUGUGUUUGACAAGGAAGCUCUCUUUGGGGAGUUGAGUAUUGAGAACUGGAUUAUGCCUGUAGUUUAUGCAGGUCAUUUUUCUCAAGUAAUAUGGCUCCAUCCUUCAUGGGCUCAGCAAAUCAAGGAAGGCAAACAUUGUUUUUUAGUGGGCAAAGAUACCUCUACCACAACUAUCAGGGUUACAAGUACAGAUCAUUACUUCUUAAGUGAUGGUCUUUAUGUCUCUGAAGACCAAUUGGAGAACCCAAAGCCUUUAGAGUUGGAUGUAAUUCUGGUAAAUCCUUCCCAACUGGUCAGCAGUCAAGAGGAAAAUGGAGCAGUGCCUUCUUCUAAGAGGCUGAAACUAGCUGCAGAAGAGUCACAAGGCACUACAUUGAUGAACUGUUCCUCUUCAGAAGGACUUUGUCCAAACCCAAAAGCAGAAGGGAUGGAAAAGGAUACAGGAUCACAGUUGCCUCCCCAAACUUGCCCGGUGCCAGCAGUUUCAAGCUGUUCUGAGACUCAAGACUGCCAAAGUAGAGCUAGUGCUAGGGAGAUUCUCCAGAUUCUGAAGAAAGGAGAUGCCUUUGUUUUAGAUGUUGACUUGGAUUUUUUUUCAGUCAAGAAUCCUUUCAAAGAAAUGUUCUCUCAGGAAGAAUACAAGCUCUUACAAGAAUUAUACAGUUUUAAAAAGCCAGAUACAGACCUGACAGAGGAGGGCUUGGUAGACUGUGUUGAAGGUCGGGUUCAUCAGCUUGAAGACUUAGAAGCUGCUUUUGCAGAUUUGUGUGAUGGUGAUGAUGAUGAAACUGUACAGAGAUGGGCUUCAAAUCCUGGAAUGAGUUCCUUAAUUCCACUUGUUCAGAGUUUGAAAAACCGGACAGAAAUGCCAGAUUAUGAGAUGGUCCAUCAGGCUGGUCUGACCUGUGAUUAUUCUGAACUUCCUCACCAUAUCAGCACAGAACAACAAAUUGAGUGUCUUGUACAGUCUCUGAAGUAUUUACUUAAAAACUUACAACCUACUCUUGUGACCAUUGCCCGGUCAAGUUUGGAUGACUACUGUCCUUCUGAGCAAGUUGAUAUGAUUCAAGAAAAGGUCCUUAAUGUGCUUCAUACUUUGUAUGGCAGUCUAGACAUUCACUUGGAGUAUUCAGCCAAUUCACCUCCAGCUUGAAAGGAAAAAAGACUCCUAUUCCAUCUAAAAAAUGUAUUAGUAAUUUUUUACUAACUCUCCUAUGCAGCGUCUUAAAAUGAAUAUUUUGGUUUCUUAGAAUCUUUCAUUUGGAAUUUUUUCCAGUGAUCUAAUCAUCAGUCCCCAUCUAUCUAGGCUGUUGAAUAUCAAAUAUGCCAAUUUGAAGAGUAACUAUAUUACUAUAUCUUUUUGUCUGUCUUUUUUCUGUCCUCCAUGUCCCUUCCCAACCCAGUUCUGUUUCUCAAACCUGUAGCCAAAAGUACAAUGGACCCUGCUUAUAGGAUUAAGAGCUAGAUGGGACUUUAGAAGUUAUAUAAUCCAGCUCCCUCAUUUUAAAGAUCAAGUAACUAUGGGUACUGGUAACCUAAGUAGCUAAGUGGUGCAAUGGAUACUGCUGGUCCUGGAGUCAGAAAGACAUUUGUUUUUUCCUUUCAAAAGCCCAAAAACAUUUAUUUAGGGACCCCUCAGAAUAUACAUAUAUACACACAAAAUACACAGCUACAUUUGAGCUUACCUUCCACAUGACAUUAGAAAGCUACCCCUCAUUAAGGAUUAUAAGGUGGGUACUCUUGAAUUUGGUUUCAUGGGCUCUCAGUUUUUAACCAAAGCCAUGCAAGCCUAGGAUUACACAUAUUGGAGAUCACUGACCAUACGACCUGAUGAAGCUGCUGCAGAGAAGAGUGUUUAUAGCAUGCUAGAAAGCUGUGACGAUUCUCAACAGAUCCUGUACAACAUCGCAGUUUUUCCAUUUUUUAAAACAGAUCAACUUGCCCUUUCAGAAUCCUAGAUCACGUAAUGUGGGGUGGGAAGUGAUGGAUAAAUAAAUGCCAGAAUGUAAUUUCCCUUUUGGCCAAAUUGAGUAUUUGGAUAUUGGAAGCACUACAUCAAUAGAAUGAUAGUAAGUCUUCUUCUAAAGGUUUUAAGUUCCUUAGAAUUAUUAUAUGAUUCUUAAUGGCAUAGGCCCCAUUGAUAUUUUGUAGUGCUCAAUACAAUGCAUACAGUGUGCAUAUUUGUGGAGGAUAAGGCAAAAAUUCUAAUUGAAUAUGGCAUCAUAGGUAGAGGAAGAAAAGCUUAACAAUUAUUUUUUCCUUUCCAUUGAUUUUCUGAAGGCCAUAGUGCAUGGUUUUAUUUGAAUCAUUUUUAUUGUAAAUAUAAAUACAUAUUUUGUCCUUAAUUGGUCUUUUGGAGAUCCUAGUACAUCAAGAGUAGGGGGAGUUGAAUGAAUAACAUACUGUCAGAUUAGCACUUAGAAAAUAAAUUCAAGAAUGAUAGGAAGAUACAGGUUGGCAAGUACAGAUGCAAAGAGUAAAAAUUCUAUUACUCUUCACUUCUAUUAGUAUUCACUUGUUUUAGGGUCUCUGAACCUAUUAUUUUAUGUAGAACUUUGCUUAUUCUUCAUUUUGGUUCAAGAGCUCCUUAAAUGGUAGAUAGACUUGAAUCCUGUAUUUAACAAGAUAGUUUGUACCAGCCUCAGGAUUAAACUUAAUUUCAAAGUCAUAACCUUUGGAAUUCUCUGCACUCUUUGGAAUGUUUUAAUUUUUGAUCAAGUUUGUAAUAUUCUGCCAGUUGUGUUUCAGUUGCUUCUAGCAUAUUUUGUUCUUCAUCCCAUAAACAGCUUUUGUUCUGUCUAGUUUUGUGGUUAAUUUGUUUGUUUGUUUGUUUGUUUUGGUUUUUUUGUGGGGCAAUGAGGGUUAAGUCACUUGCCCAAGGUCUCACAGCUAGCAAGUGUCAAGUGUCUGAGGCCGGAUUUGAACUCAGGACCUCCUGAAUCCAGAGCCAGUGCUUUUCCCACUGGGCCACCUAGCUGCCCCCUUGUGGUUAAUUUUUUGAUGGUUUCCUGGAAUUAAUUUUUUUAAUGAUUUAUUCUCUUGAUUUGGCAAUUGAAUACUUGUGGAUAUCAAUAAUAUUUUGUAGCUAGGCUUCUCUUGCUUUAUUGCUUCUAAUUCUAGUCCUACUGUAGGAACUUCUGGUCAAGAAUGGCAGAAGACUCCAAAUUGUUCAUGUAUGCCUGGUACUUCUGAACAUCUGCUUCUAACAAUCCUUUUGGUUUUCUUAGUGAUACCAGACUCAUUUGGCUCAUUUUUUCUGUUUUGCAAUUUCUUCAGUUAUCCUUUUGUUUUCUGAAACUAAAGAUUCUAUCUUCAUGUCUGUGACCUUUCCAAUCUUCUUAUACCUUAAGAAUAAUACAGAUAAUGGGGCUUGGAUCAAGGAGGCUGGGGUCCAGGGAGAAGGGUCCUGAAGUCAACAACAGUCAGCACCCCAGGAAAGUGCCAGUGUUGCCACCCUAGACUUAUCUCCAUGAGGUCAAAUCCAGUCUCAGAUACUAGCUGUAUGAUCCUGGGCAAGUCACUUAACUCUGUUUGCUUCAGUUUCCUCAUCUGUAAAAUGAACUGGAAAAGGAAAUGGCAAACCACUCCAGUAUCUCUGCCAAGAAAACCCCAAGUGAGGUCAUGAAGAGUCAGACACAUCUGAACAACAACUAAUGUCCAGAGAAGUUAAGUCAUUUGCCCAAGGGCACCAGAUAAUAACCAGCAAAUCCAGGAAUUGAGCCCAGUUUUACUGACCCCACAUGACAAAUCUAACUUCUUUCUAUUGUCCUGCUGCUCUAGUUUUAGCUUUAUCUUUACCACUUAAAAAAGCUCUCUAACCUUAUUUUAAUGGUGUCUCAGUGUGAAAAAGGUAACUCCCUAGAAGCCUGACGAUCCUGUGACAUUUUAAUAUACUCUCUCAUAAUGGUGUUGGUUGUGUGGCUCAUAUUACAAGUAAGUUGUUACAAUGGGAAAGAAUUGUUAAUUUAAACUUUUGUUGUUGAGUUUCAGCUGUGUCUUCCUCUUCAUGUCCCCUUUUUGGGAAUUUCUUGAUGCAGAUACUGGAGCAGUUUGCCAUUUCCUUUUCCAGCUCAUUUUACAAAUGAGGAAACUGAGGCAAAUAAUGUUAAGGGUCUUACCCAGGGUCGCACAGUUAAUUAGUGUCUGAGACUGAAUUUGAACUAAAGAAAAUGAGUCUUCCUGAUUUCAAACCUAGUGCUCUAGCAAUGGGCUGAAUGAAAUACUACCAUUCUUUGAACAGGAACAUAAGGUAUUGUAGGGCUUUUAGGUGUUCGUUUUGAACGUGUUAUUGCAAAUUAACAGAGAGCUCUGGCAAAUAGUAUGGCACCUUUGAGUAUAAAUUUUAGGGGAGGGAAUCAAGUUUUCACUUCUGACCUAUUAUACUCUUAAUAGCACUGAACACCGAGACAUACCAUGGUUUAGUAAUCAAUCACCAGAUAUUUAAGAGGCAAAUGUCCUGUCAUGAAAUGCAGCCUGGUGUUACAAAAAGGCCACAUUUCCUUCUUGCCAUUUUCCUGCCUUGCCAACACUCACAUCCCUUCCUUUCUUCCUUUUCUUCUGGGAAUGGUAAUUGAACCAAUGCUGUCCUUUCAUUCCUCAAAAGGAUGUGUCAGUCAGUUGUCCUAUGACUCAAUUCAAUAUCCUUAUGACUUCCUAUACCACAAUACCCCUCCCUGGCCAACACUGCCCUACAUUUGUUGUCUUCUGUUACAGUGUAAGCUAAGGACAGAAAUCUUAUUUUUUAUGUUGUAUCCCCAUUGCUUGGCACUGUACCUGGCACAUAGUAUUAGCUUAAUAAAUAUGGGGCAGGGGGGCAGCCAGGUGGUGCAGUGAAUAGUGCACCAGCCCUGGAUUCAGGAGGACCUGAAUUCAAAUCCAGCCUCAGACACUUGACUUGACACUUAACUAGCUGUGUGACCCUAGGCAAGUCACUUAACCCCAAUUGCCUCACCAAAAAAAUAAAUAGAUAAUGUAGGGCAGGUUUUUUGGUUUGUUUUCCUCCCUAUUUGGAGUGCAUUGAACUUGAAGUCUGGAAGACCUGGCUUCUAGUACUGCCCCUGACACAUUACCAAUGAGUCCACGGGCAAGUCAUUUAGCCUUUCUAAGCCUUAGUUUCCUCUUCUGUAAAAACAGGGUCACAAUACUGUAAUGAUUGGAAUGAUGCCACCUACUGGAGACUUGC